AUGCAGGAAGUCCCUGAGCUCAUGAGGAUGGGGGAUGAGCAGAUCCUGGUAGCUCUGUGUGUCAGCAUUAAAGUUUCAGGCGGCGGGGGCUGGGCGUACACGGCAGCUGAUGCUGAGCUGGAGAGCAGCCAUGGGCAACAGCAUGUCCGACAUCAACCCGCCGGUCUCCAGGUGCUGCAGUGCCACAAACAAGUGUUGGAUUAG